UGUUUCCCAAACAAACCGAACCCAGAGCCGCAUAAGCGCGGGCAGCUUGUUAUUUUUUUUCGUAAUUUUAUUUCUGCGCUUUCAAUACGCGAUUCGCGCCAUAUUAACCCACGACCGAUCGACUUUAUCGAACGCAUUCGCCAAAUCCAAAAAUACCACUGACCGAACCGUAAAUUAGAAAAAAAUAUAUUUUUUUUAAACACGUUUUAAAAUAAAUGUGAUCCGGAGUAUAUCUGGUGCAGUUUAAUCUUUAAAAUGGGCAAUCGGAUGUGUAAAAGUAAGAAUAAAGAUGCGGUGGAUAAUGGGAAUUUUAGGGAGAAAUCACCGUCAAGGUUUGACAGGAUAUUCAGCAGACUACAUCUAAAGCCGACCGGCUGGAAAUCUGAAUCGUUCUUGAAUAAAAAGGAAAACAACAGAUCCAAAAGCGAAGACCCUAAACCAUCUGAGAGUGGUAGCAUCUUUUACACUACAAAACCCCUUUCGAAAAGUUCAGACUGGACCGACGUGGAACUCGAAGUGCCUACAAAGGAAGACGAACACAUCCACUUACGCAACCCUAAACUUAAUCUAAUAUUUGAUAAUGAAAAGGGCACCCCAACCCCUCCACCUCGUAAGCAACAUCAAGAAAAAGGAAACUUUAGAGAAAAAAUCGAGAGAUUCGCAGCAAAGAGCCUACAAGCCCUGCAAGGAGACAAGAAGAAAGAUGUGGAAAAAGAACCUAUUCCUAUAGAAGAGCCUCUGAUGGUGAAGAAGAAAAUUAAUUACAGUUGCCCCUUGUGUGAAUCAGAUGAGAAGACCCAUAACAGAGAUCACCAUCAUCACAAUCAAAAACCUGGUCAAGACAGUCCCAAGAAGCCCAAAUCUGGCAAAAGGCUUAAGAACCUUUCUAUAGUCUCAUUGCCUAAUUACACGGAUUUAAGACUAUCUGUAGCCAAUCCAAUUGACGUGGAUGCAAAAUCUGCUUCUAAAAAUGAUCUCGCUUCCUCUAGACUAAGCCUACAACACCCCGAUGGUAAAAAACUCACCACUAGCCAAUCAACUGGCAAGCUAGACAGCUACAUCACCCGCUGCAGGUCCCUGGGCUCACUAUUCCCUCAACAGUUAAAAAAAAUGAAACUCCAAAAAACCAAACCAGCGGAUAUCACUUCAGACGACUCGUUUGGGCCUUUAGAGGAUUGGGACCUUGGGCUUAUAGAACAUUAUAACCCCAAAGAUGCCAGCCUACCUAGAGCAAGAAAACCGCUGACUCAAAAGUCUGACAAAGACAUUUUAGAUGGUAUAGCAGAUUUGGUGGUGCAGGAGGAAGACGUUGAGGAAACCCCUAAAAGACCUGUAAGAAGGUCAGAGUCUCUGGUGAAGAAGAUUAAUGAUGAGACCUCGAAGCAGCAGCACGUGCAAGUGCAAAAAUCGCCUGAAGAUAUUUGCUUGACACCUCCGCCGAGUCCUGAGCGUAGUCCAAGGAAAACUGUGGCACAAUUAAAGGGAAACUUCGAGGAAUCGACUUCUCAGAAGACAAAGGUUCCUGCAGCGAUAAAACGUAAUAAACCAGAUUUUGUAGAAGCCAAGAAAGCAACUGUUGAAAAAAGAGCUUCGGUGAGCGAACAUUCAACAUUAAUGAAAAUAUUGCAGGAGUACAGUAUAAAGGAUAAGCAGGAGAAGGUGGCCGUACCGGAAAAUGACAGUAACUUGUCCUCAUUGACGCCAUCAUUGGUGGAGUUUGAAAAGACUCUGAGUAAUAACUUGACCGAGGAUUUUAUUAAUGCUGAAAAACGUCAUACCCGGGCUGUAUGUAGUUAGGUCUUGUAAACAUUUUGUAAUAAGUUGAAAUAUUAUAUUGUACUAUAGGCAUUGUGUCCACCUUAAUAUCAUUAACGUCCUGCAUAAAAUUUUUGAUCUACGAUCUUGUACAUAAUUAGUUUACAUAUUUUUUUAGUUAUGUGUUAAUAAUCAAUUUCAGAUAAAUAUUUGAAUAAAAUUGAUGUGUUUGUAAAA